GACGUUGUCAGUGACGUAGCGACAGGUCACGUGCUGUGCGGGUCAGCUGACUGCCUUCUUCCGGGUUUUCUGAUCGGUGUUUGCUGUGGUGUCUCCGCUGUGAUCCAGAGUCAGACGGCCAUGAACGCCUCCGACAGCGAUGAAGACAUCUACAACGAAAGGUCGGCCUUGGUCCGGUCUGAGUCUCCCGCUCUCCCCUCCUACAUACCAGACUCAGACCUCACGCCCCCCAAUGGCACGCCAACCAAAAGGUUAAAGGCGGGGAUAAGCAGGAGGCCUGGGGCGGCCGCUGCAGAUGGCGGCGGGUCAGAUCCGGAGGUGGAAGCUGAGGAAGAAGAGCUGACCCUGAAGUAUGGCGCCAAGCACGUCAUCAUGCUCUUCAUCCCCGUCACCCUAUGCAUGGUCGUCGUGGUCGCCACCAUCAAGUCUGUGAGCUUCUACACGGAGAAGACGGACCAGCAGCUGAUCUACACGCCAUUCACCGAGAACACCUCCUCCGUUGGCCGUCGCCUCCUCAACUCCGUCCUGAACACCAUCAUCAUGAUCAGCGUCAUCGUAGUCAUGACCAUCUUCCUGGUCGUCCUGUACAAGUAUCGCUGCUACAAGUUCAUCCACGGCUGGCUCAUCCUGUCCUCCCUCAUGCUGCUCUUCUGGUUCAGCUUCAUGUACCUGGGGGAGGUGUUUAAGACGUACAACCUGGCGAUGGACUACCCGACGGUGGGCGUGAUCAUCUGGAACUUUGGGGCGGUGGGGAUGAUCUGCAUCCACUGGAAGGGCCCGCUCCAGCUGCAGCAGGCCUACCUGAUCCUCAUCAGCGCCCUCAUGGCCCUCGUCUUCAUCAAAUACCUGCCCGAGUGGUCGGCCUGGGUCAUCCUGGGCGCCAUCUCCGUCUACGACCUGGUGGCCGUCCUCAGUCCUAAAGGUCCUCUCAGGAUGUUGGUGGAAACGGCUCAGGAGCGUAACGAGCCCAUCUUCCCCGCCCUCAUCUACUCCUCCGCCAUGGUGUGGACGGUGGGGAUGGCGAGCCCCAAUGAGACUCAGCGCUCUGAACCAGAUGAGGAGGCGGAGCAAAGCGACGGGAGGGCAGAGCCUCCCAGCAGACACUCCAGGUUGCUACCAGAGGACGAGAUGGAGGAGGACAGAGGCGUGAAGCUAGGCCUCGGCGAUUUCAUCUUCUACAGCGUUCUGGUUGGAAAAGCCGCGGCGACCGGGGGCGACUGGAACACGACGCUCGCCUGCUUCGUUGCCAUUCUUAUCGGUCUGUGCCUCACUCUGCUGCUGCUGGCCAUCUUUAAGAAGGCUCUGCCAGCGCUGCCCAUCUCCAUCACCUUCGGCCUCGUCUUCUACUUCUCCACGGACUUCCUGGUUCAGCCCUUCAUGGACAACCUGGCUGCUCACCAGUUUUACAUCUGAGACAAAGCUCCGUCCACCUCACCCCCUCCUCGUUAUCUCGCUGGACUGCUGCCUUUUGUUGAUGUAAUGCACAAAGAUUGUUUCCUGCUCUCGUCCUCAGACCGCAGGAACUGAUGUAAGAGUGUGCGGAAGGUGGGCGUGGCAGUUACCUGGUUGUUUCUGCUCAGGUUGUUUCUAGGUCACCUGCUGACUGAUAUUUAAGCCCUGUCUGUAGUCUGUUUCUGAAGCCGUGAUGGUAAUGUCACCACGACUCUGUGAUUGGCUGACGUUCCCGUCAUUCUUCAGUUAUUUUAAGCUCAUCGCUCUAACUUCAGGAAACAGGUGGGAUGUCUGAUUGGGUCAUGUGACCUAACGAAACUUACCUGAGGGACGAGCUCACUUUGACUGAAGCGCUUCAGGGCCAUGACAUGAAACCCUGAGUGGCCAAAUUUAAAAAGUGCAGUGGGAGGAGUCUGAAGCGGCUGCUGAGCGCUGUGAUUGGGUAUUUCCUGCUGACACGCUUCAGCUUUUAUCCAGAAGGAUGUUUGUUAUUAUUAUUAGUGUGAAUGCUUGAAAAGCAUUCACAGUAUUGUUCUUCUAUUCUUUAUUAUUAUUAUUUCCUAUUCUGUACGUUUUUCGCCGUCUAUCUCCUUCAAAACCGUUCAACUU